AUGUUCUACAAACUGUUUCUGGACGAAGACGUGGUUCGGCACCUCGAGGAGUAUGAUGCGCUCGCUAUCUUAGAGUGGGAUGUUGUCAUGGCUCACGCUUCGAGCUUUGCAAGGCUGUACAAUGCGGCGUUCUCCUCGUCUGAGAGGUAUUGGGUGAAGGGGAGCACGCUGACUGGAACUGAGUUUCAUCAAACGGCAGCAUUGACGGAAAUGUGGCACAUCCUCGGACAUCUUAACGGAAACGCCCUUUGUGAGUUCUUGGAUAACAACACGGACCCGGCGUUUGUUGAGUUCGUGAACUUCACGUUCUGCCGAUGGGAAUACACGUUCUCGUACGACGUGGCGCUUUGGGCAACGAUAUCGGACUUUCCCUACAGCUGGCCGCUUUGGCAGCGAUACUCUCCGCGCUUCAUUUCAACUGACCUGCGGACCACAGUCCGUUGA